GCCAUGCAAAUAUAGAGAGAACCUGUAUCUGAAUAUCUGAUCAUCUCUGGGAAUAUGCGUUACGCUCGAUUGUGCAGUCUUGGCCUGUUUGGCUUGGUCGUUCCUGCCGCAUCCACGCGGGGUGUCAUCUCACAGACGACCUUAUUACGCACUACAAAGACGUCCCUCUCUACAACCGCGUCAAACAUCAAACCAUCAUGCACUCCACUACCCGGCGGGUCAAUUCCUACAGUCGAGCCGGAUACACCUGAAGGUUUCUCCAACUCUCCAUUGUUGAAUGCUGCUUCUGAUUUUGCUCCAUUCAUCGGCGACUACAGCAAGUUAUGGGGUUCUGAGGACGGUGCGUUGGGUCCCAACUUUCCAGGCUAUCUCGGAUACAUAUUGGUGCCGGAUUUUUUCGACGCCAAAUUCUGUGCGAGGAAAUGCUGUACCCUCAAAUCAUGCGAGACCUUCAACAUCUAUUAUCAACGAUCGCCAUCGAUAGAUCCUGGCAAUGGCACUCAGUGUCCGAACCCACCUAGCGUGACACAAAUCAGGUGUGCUUUCUAUUCGACCCGUAUCGAUUUCGGACAAGAGUACCUGUUGAAUAAAGGUCAAUACCGUAACAAGUUUCAAGUGGUCAUUGGAGGUUCAACGGGCUACUCAAAGUACCGAGAGUGCUCUCCUCCACCCAGUGUUACGACUACGACGCAGACUCCCAUCUCUACACCGACGACUACCGUGGCGUCGGUCGCGCCAGGAUUCAAAUUGACCGUCGUUGCGCCUGGUUCCGUGUUCGACAACACGACUGUAGCCGGGUCAGCUGAUCCUGGUGACGUUUUUAAUUUUGGCAUUCGGCGAAGCAACGGCGAUCAAAAGUUCUACCCCGGUGAGAACUUUGCCCCUCUCCGAUGGACCUAUGAGCAAGCAACUGGUCACCUCCGCGUCUUCAACAACGCAUCGUCCAUCCUUGGAGGACUUUACGACUAUGGUCAGAGGUUGACUGCUUCUGGACAUGUGUACGAGAGUUUGUACCCAUACCUCCAAUGCUCAAUCGAAGCCAACACUCUGCUCUUGUCCUGUAAGAGUAGCAGGGACAAGACUGGCGUCAGGAAUCAGAUCUUUUACGUUGCCGAGGACCAACUCAGAGAUUACCUUGGUUAUUAUCUCUUCCUCAACGACCCGAACGAGAUUGAGUUUUCUGGCCUCUUCGAUGAGUCGAUCACGACAAAGGUUAAGCUGAGAAUCACCUACUGAACAUGUCACUAUCGCCAAAGUCAUGUAACGCUGAAGAGAAACAGUGAAGGACACCAAGUAUAGUUUACCAAACAAUCCAAUUCGUAACACGCGAUCGCUACCAACUCUGCGGAGCAAUAUAUGACAAGUUAGUACUCAAUCACUUGGGUAGAGUCAAAAUUAUAUUCGACAUCGACCCCGCUAGAGCGUCUUUGGCAGCGUUUUCUGCCUAACGAAUGAACCCCACUUUUGCUUCUUCGGUACCUGCUAGAAAUGUAAAAAUAUAAGAUUCUUGUAUCAUGAU